CCGGUGCAGGCGCCGGAGAUCCUGCCUCGAGUUGGGGGUAAGGGGUGGGGUCCCAGCGGACAGGGGUUCGGUUACACGUUUCUGCGCUAUAGCUGGACGGAGGAGGAGUAGGAGGUACGCGCGCGCUCCGUGUUGACGCAACAUGGCCAGCGCUGGUGGACCGGACCCGCGAGCCGUCGCUCCGCGGGGCGGAAGUGAGUAUUUUUAACCGCUGCGCUCAUCCCGUGCGCGGGCGCACCUUGGAGCCCCCCGGGCAGCGUUUAUAUAAAGUGGCGUCGCUGAAAAUGCAGCUGUACAGCAGCGCGCUGACGCACUAUCCCGGCUCGGGGUCCUCACGCGCGGUUUCGGUUUCCGUUUCGAGCGUCGCGCGCGCCGAACGUGCGGAGGGUGCGCCGUCCGACGGUCGCGCGGCCGCCACAAACAUGCCCGACUUCUCCUGCUACGAAGCCACGUCCCUCCGGCCCGCCUUCUUCACGUCCACGGCGGAGAUCCUCAUAACGCGACCGCGCGGAGCCCCGCGCGCCCUUCCCGUUCACAUCAUCAAGGAGCCGAGGGGCAAAAAGUCUGCGCUUGACGGGGAGCGCGACGGAGAUCAUCAUGAGGGGGAAGGCGGGGCGGAGUCGCUGGAGAAGACGGGCGCCGCCGACGACACGGAGGGUCGCGCGACGGGAACGGGUUCCCCGGGUGGCUCGGAGCGCGAGGAGCGCAAGAGCGCCGCCGGCGGAGGUGCAGCAGAGCACGCGAGCGCUGGGCUGCUCGCCUGCGGCCCGCGCCAGCAGCAGCACGAGGGCGGCCGGCCGCACGCGAGCGAGCGCGUGACGCACUACCUGGCCGAGGUGGAGCGACAGAACCGCUACCUGCAGGAGAGGCGCAAGUACCGCUUCCACAUCAUCCCCGACGGCAACUGCCUGUACCGCGCCGUGUGCGAGGCGCUCUACGGCGACCAGUCGGCGCACCGCGAGCUGCGCGAGCAGACCAUGCACCACAUCGCGGACCACCUGGACGAGUUCAGCGCCAUCAUCGAGGGCGACGCGGGCGAGUUCCUGCUGAACGCCGCGCAGGACGGCGCCUGGGCCGGCUACCCCGAGCUGCUGGCCAUGAGCCACAUGCUGCGCGUCAACAUUCGGCUGACGACGGGCGGCAGCGCGCAGAGCCCCACCGUCUCCACCAUGGUGCACUGCCUGGGCGAGGAGGACGCGUCCAAGCCCACCAUCUGGCUGAGCUGGCUGAGCAACGGCCACUACGACGCGCUGCUGGACGCGCGCGUGCCCAACCCCGAGUACGAGGCGUGGUGCCGGCAGGCGCACGUGCAGCGCAAGCGGGACGAGGAGCUCGCGCGCUCCAUGGCGGCGUCGCUCUCCAGGAUGUACCUCGAGCGAGGGGGCUCCUCGUGAAGGAGCUCGCCUCCCGAACUCGAAACUCACCCACUUCGCCUCCCCGCCGCCGUGGCCCCUGUACUGAGAUAAAAGCACUUUACGCCUUAAUUUAUUACUUUUCUAAGACGAGUUUAGUUUUGUAAUUAAAUUUACCUGGAUCCUGAGCGGGUUUACUGUUUUUUUUCUUUGUUUGUUUUAAUGUUUAAAAAUAAAAUACGACAGCGACGGACACUGUGUGCGGAUAACCGAGGCGAGGGUGUCUGAGCCUGAGGCGAUUCGAGUGUCCGGUUGAGAACUAAAGUCUAAAGGAUGCGGACAGUAAACGGAUGAAAUAUUACAUUUUAAAAAUAUAUUCUCACAAUCAUUCAUAAGCACAGUGCUCUAAUGUCAUGUUCCGAACGAACAGUUUGAAGGUAGUUUUUUUAUGUCGACCAUGAAACCGUGCAGGUUGGUAUCGGCCGCCCACUGUAUUGGGGUCAAUAUUUCUCUGACUUUUGUGUCUGCAUUCAUAUUUCAUUAUUUUAUCGCUUCUUUGGACAUGAACUGGGGGGUUGUACUCUCUUUUUCCAGGAUAGUGGUAUUAAAUAAUAAAAUGCUGUUUAUUGGCAAUUACUGUAAAAGUCAUUGUCAGUUCAUUUCAGAGAAAAUGAGCAGAAUUUAAUGACAUCUAAAUCAAUUUAUGGUGAAAUAUAAUCUGGGAGAGUCACUGUAGUCCAAGCAGAAUGCAUUCUUUCCACCAGAGUUUAUGUAACACUCCAGGUUUGGAGCAGCAGGUGGCGCAGUGGUUAGAGGUGCUGUGUGGUGCCUCAUGGUUCCAGCUUUAAACCCCUGCUUCUGCCCUCACUCAAGGUGCUUACUGUCAGUGGAUACAGUAAAAAUUACCCUGCUUUAUAAUUGGUAUGUCACGGUAAGCUGUUUUGGGUACAAAUCAAACAUUGUUACCUUGCAGAAAAGUGUGAGAGAAAUAAAUAUAAUACUGUGCACAUCUUUACAUUCAACAUUGCCCUUUACUACAGAGAAGUUUUCACUGAGCACAUAAUGUUUUAUAUUCAUUGCAUAUGCUUUCCGUUUAGGUUUAUGCUGUAGCGUUUCACAAUUUUAGCAUAUAUAAAGGUUGCACACAUGUGCAGGUAUGUAGGUGUGAGUAAUGUAAUAACUGGUAGCAUAGUGGUUAGAGCUGCUGCCUUUGCACACAAAGGUCACAGGUUUGA